CGCGGAAGGAGGAGGAGGGGGAACGACAACAUCACGAUAGUACACAUCACAAAAACACCACUACCGGAAACUCCGGAAUUCGUUUCAAGAGCAGAAAGAAAAGAAGGGAAAGCCCGUAUCACGACCUAAGUCCGGGCCAAUCGGUUCCUGUUCACGUUCUAGCCAAUCCGUGUUCGGUAGCAGGGUGCGCUCCGCUGUGGUUGCCGCGUGUCAGUAAACGGUUUUUCGUGCACUAGUAGCCCUCAUCAUCAUCCUCAUCAUCAUCAUCGUCGACGUAGGCCGUAUUUAAAGUGAAGUGAGUAGUGCGUGUAUCGGUGGCGAAGUUGGAGAUCUGAAGAACUCGUCAAACCACCACCCAACAUCACCACCCACCCCCAAAACGAAUCGCCCACCCGUCGCCCGACGUCGUGGUCGUCGUCGUCGUCGUUGUCGUCCCCACCGCUCCAGCAGCGAAACGAGCGGCUUGGCACGAACACAAGCAGCCAGGUUGUUGGCCACUAAACAAUAAACUUCUGUCGCCAACCCGCGGAAAGGCUCACUCUUCUGCGUAUCGCGCUCGCGGCAACAUCACCAUUAUCUCCAUCGACCAUCGGGGACACCAGCAGCUCCAUCUCCGGCCCUGAGACACGUAAGCGAAACGGUUGGACGGUGCACGCGCGAUCAUCAACCCGGACGAUCCCACACCACGGCCUGCUGCUGCUGCUGAGAAAGCGAACGAACUAGUGACGCGUGAAUUGCGCUCGUGUGUUGUGAUCAAAGUGAGCAUCGCCGGAGUUCUCGCGGGCGGGGUUUGAACUGAAGCUGCUACAGGGACUGUUCCGCUAGCCAAGAUAAGAUGUGUGGCAUCUUUGCGUACCUUAACUUUCUGACGCCGAAAUCGCGGCGCGAUGUGCUGGAGCUGCUGCUGAACGGGCUGAAGCGGCUCGAGUACCGUGGUUACGAUUCGGCCGGUGUGGCCGUCGAUGGACUGACGGCCGAUGCGGGCAUCCUGCUGUUCAAGCGCACCGGCAAGGUGAAGGUGCUGGAGGAGGCAAUCCUGGAGGCGGCCAAAACGACGGACCUAACGGAGGCCUGCGAAACGCACGUCGGUAUCGCGCACACCCGUUGGGCCACCCACGGUGCACCGAGUGAACUGAACUCCCAUCCGCAGCGGUCGGACGAUGGAAAUGCAUUCGUCGUCGUACACAACGGCAUUGUGACGAACUACAAGGACAUCAAGAAGUUCCUGGAGCUGCGUGGUUACGUGUUCGAAUCCGACACCGACACCGAAGCGAUCGCCAAGCUAGUGCACCAUCUGUGGAAGCAACACCCGAACUACUCGUUCCGCGAGCUGGUCGAGCAGGUGAUCCAGCAGCUCGAGGGUGCAUUUGCGCUGGCCUUCAAAUCAAAGCACUUCCCCGGCGAGUGUGUCGUAACACGGCGUGGUUCUCCGCUCCUCGUUGGCAUUAAGGCGAAGACGAGUCUCGCCACCAACCAUGUACCGAUCCUGUACGGUAAGGGGCCACGCCACGGUUCGGUCGGUAAUGUGCAGGUCGAACCAACGCCCGACAAUACGGCCGAUUUCAUCAAUCCGGGUGAGGAGGUUGAGUAUUUCUUCGCCUCGGAUGCGUCGGCCGUGAUCGAGCACACGAACCGGGUGAUCUACCUGGAGGAUGACGAUGUGGCGGCCGUCAAGGAUGGUGCUCUCGGAAUUCAUCGGUUGAAGAAGAGCCUGGACGAUCCGCACGCACGCGAGAUCACCACGCUCAAGAUGGAGAUCCAGCAGAUCAUGAAGGGCAACUAUCGGUACUUCAUGCAGAAGGAGAUCUUCGAGCAGCCGGAAUCGGUGGUGAACACGAUGCGUGGUCGUGUCAACUUCGAGAGCCGCAAGGUGACGCUCGGCGGCAUCAAGGAUUACAUUCCGGAGAUCAAGCGGUGCCGGCGGUUGAUGUUGAUCGCUUGCGGUACCUCGUACCAUAGUGCGGUGGCAACGCGGCAGCUGCUGGAGGAACUGACCGAGCUGCCGGUGAUGGUGGAGCUGGCAUCGGAUUUCCUCGAUCGUAACACUCCGAUCUACCGGGACGAUGUGUGUUUCUUCAUCUCGCAGUCGGGCGAGACGGCCGAUACGUUGAUGGCGCUGCGGUACUGCAAGCAACGGGGUGCCCUGAUCGUCGGUAUUACCAACACCGUUGGUAGCUCGAUCUGCCGUGAAUCGCACUGCGGUGUGCACGUGAAUGCUGGUCCGGAGAUUGGUGUGGCUUCGACGAAGGCCUACACCUCGCAGUUCAUUUCGCUCGUCAUGUUUGCGCUGGUGAUGAGUGAGGAUCGGCUGUCGCUGCAGUCACGCCGGCUGGAGAUUAUCGAUGCGCUCGGUAAGCUGGAUACGCACAUCAAGCAGGUGCUGAUGUUGGACCAGAAGGUGCUCGAGAUUGCGCAGGAUCUGUACCAGCAGAAGUCGCUGCUGAUCAUGGGCCGUGGGUACAACUUUGCCACCUGUAUGGAGGGUGCGCUGAAGGUGAAG